AUUCAGUAUAGACUUAUUUUAUUAUUCUCAAGGAUUGCUUCAGAUAUCCUUCUAGGUUCUGAGACUCUUCUAACAAGAUUUAAACCAGAGUUUGCUGAUCAGGUGAAAUGGAGCCCUGAGCCACAUGGAGGAGAAAGACUUCAGCAGCCACAGUGACGAUGGCAGCCCCACUGACAGCUGGUCUUGGUUGCAGACCAUGAACUAUGUGGGUCAGCUGGCGGGCCAGGUGUUUGUGCAGGUCAAGGAGCUGUACAGAGGACUCAACCCUGCAACUCUGUCCGGAUGUAUCGACGUCAUCGUGGUCCGGCAGCCCGAUGGCUCGCUGCAGUGCUCCCCGUUCCACGUCCGCUUCGGAAAGAUGGGGGUGCUGCAGUCUCGGGAGAAAGUGGUGGACAUAGAGAUUAACGGCGAGCCAGUGAGUUUACACAUGAAGCUGGGAGAGAAUGGAGAAGCCUUCUUCGUCAAAGAGACUGAGAACAAACUAGAAGUGGUUCCAUCCUACCUUGCAACGUCACCCAUCUUGUCCAUGGGGGAGGAGUUAAAGCAGUCUCAGAUAGACAAAAUCCCUUGCAGCUCCCUUCCCAUCCAGAACCUGGGGGUGCAGCACGGGGAUGGAGGAGCGAGCAAGAAGAGAAGGAAGAGAAGGAGGAAAGCAAGACCAGAAGGAGGAGGAGGAUCAGGUGGGAGGAGGGAGGAGAGCGGCGAGGAGUUUUCGGAGGAGGAAGACAUGUUUACUAUUGAUCUGAGCUCGGAUGAUGAGAAGGAGGGCGUCAGCAGCAGAGCUGCGUACAACAGUCAGGGAUCUACAACCAGCAGCACUGCCCACCCCAUCACUGAGUGGACUCCUUCACAGAGCAGCGAUGUGAAUAAGGAGGCCCUGUCCAUUCCUUCACGCUACGGUCUGUCCAUCUCAUGUCCUCAAGGAACCUCUCAGUUCUCUUCACAUCUUAGCAGCCAAGAUGAUUCAGGGUCAUCAACUCCCAAGAGUGACUCGGAGCUGACCAAUCAGACAAACCCUGAAAUCCAGUGGACCUGGGGGGAGCUUCCACACGCUGCUCAGAUGUCCUCUGGCAUGCCUCAGAGAGCUAAUCAUAACCACUCUGCAGAGAUUAAUGAAGUCAAGAGCAAUCAGUCCUGA